GUGAGUGUGUGUGUGUGUGUGUGUGUGUGAGAGAGAGAGAGAGAGAGAGAGUAAUGUGCAGGCAUUAUAGUGUUGAUAUUCUGGGUUCAGGCCCUAGUGCUCUAAGUUAGUGACAGUAAGAGAAAACCUUAGAGACGAAGGAGAGCAUGGAGACCACCUUGGCCCUGGUGAUUUUGUCCUUGGUCCUCUGUCAUCUGUCAAUCUCUGCUGCACUGCACUGGAGGAGAGUAUUGUACCCAUCUGCCUUUAGAGUGAAGAGAGGAACUCCAGCUCUGCUUAAUCCCUCAGUUCAGAAAUCAGUGGAGGACGCCAACCUGCUCUAUGAGGUGGUGUGGUCUGGGCUAUAUGUAGAAGAAGAGAAGAGCGUGCUCCGCGUGGCUGAUGAGGAACUUGCUUCUCUCCGGAGACUGCAGCCUCUGGAGGUAGUGUGUGAGGACGUUCUCCCGAGAACGCUGUCAGAUAUCCGCCGCCUCUGCCAUAAUCUGGAACAGCGCCGGGCUCACUUGAGCAAGGAGGACUUUGAGCGGACCGUGCUUACUAUGGUGUACACGGCUCAGCGAGUAGCACACAGCAGCAUGGGCCAUCAGAGGGAGCUGUGGGCUGAUGCACUGCUUCAGCUGUAUAAAAGUAUUAAAAAAGAUCUCGGAGCAGAGUGAUGACACUCUCGAAACAGCACAGUAACAGUCACACUCUGAAACAGCACACUAAAAUACACUCCUGGGCAAAAAAAAAAAAUGGGCCAAGCCCAAAAUGGCAAAUAUGAAGCUUUUAAUGGUCUUAAUAACAAAUCAUUGGUAAGAAAAUGAGCAGGAAUGAAACAGAUGCACUCCUGAGAGCUCCUGUGCCUCCAUUCGCUGGUUUCCUUUUGCUGGGGUGUUUUUUUUCUUAAAAGAUUAGUGAUUAUUUGGUUCUCUGCCGCACCUGAUGCAGCCCAUCAAGAGCCACAGGACUUAAACAUUUAAAGAAAUCAAAGGGAAAAGCUCUCGCAUACUAACUUCCUUUAUCUAUUCGUUUCAUUCUUGCUCAUUUCCUGACCAAUGAUUUGUUGUUAAGACCAUUAAAAGCUUCAUAUUUUGCCAUUUUGGCAUUCCCAUUUUUUUCCCCAGGAGUGUACAAAAUUAUAUGUCAAAAUAUUAUACCCCUAUAAUACUGUACUAACAUUGUAUACCAGUCUACUAACUAAACCUGUAAAAACUAAUAGUGGGACAUUUUGUCACUAUCCUUCUCACUUACUUACUGAUUCUGAACUCUAAAAGCAGCAGGUUGUAAGUUUGAACAUAGAUGGAGAAAAACAAGCUUAACUGUGCAUCACCAAGUCUUUAGGGAGCAACAGAUUCAAAAAAAAAAAACAAUAACCACCCAAGACAUCUUUUAUUCCACAAUUAAUCAACUACUUCGACCGAAUCAACCUACUCUGACUUCCUCCACUGAGAGUUAUUGUUGUUGUUUUUUCUUUUGUAAAUUUUUAAGCAAAUCUAGAUGGCAAUAUUCUGUUUUCUCCUUUUUAUACACAAUUAUUAAUAAGAUGAAAAUUAAUAAGAUGAAAUCUACACUCUUGAUCCUCUACCUACUGAAAUGUUCAUCUCUGGAUGUCCAGAUGUCUUGAUUAGAUGCUCGAUCUACACUCACUGACCACAUUAGUAGGAACAGCUGCACAUUUCUGCAGUUAUCCAAUCAGCCAAUCAUGUGGCAGCAGAACAAAAACAUGCAGCGGUCAAGAGUUUCAGUUAAUGUUCACAUCAUAUAACAUUUAUAUAACAUAACAUUUUUUAAAAAUUACAAACUGACUAGAAGAAGCUGACAUGAUGUACAUAAUCUUUAAAUUUGUAAAAUUUUUACAUUUUUUACAGACUUUUUUCUCCUUUUCAGUAUUUUUUUUUACAAUUUUAUUAUGAACAAGAUGAUACUUUUUAAAUAUAAAAAAAUAUUUUUGUAGAUAUAAACAAGUCAAACAAGAUUUUUUUUUGCUAGCAGUUUGCUAACAGGCUCUUGCAAAAAAAAAAAUUAUUUUCUUUUCUUAAAGAAAACUUGAAAGUAAGUGAAAGAAAAAGAAAGUGAGCAUGUGUAAUUACCUAAAAAGCAUCGCACCAUGUAUUUUAUUUUUUUUUUCUGAAAUAAAAGAACAUGGUGUAAUGGGUUUUUUAGGUUAAUUAUUGCAUGCUCACCUACUUUCUUUUUCCUUCACUUACUUUCUCAUUUUCAACAAAUUUUCAAAAGAUCAUUUUCUGUUUUCACUAAAUUUUUUUUUUGUGUGCAAAGGUCCCUUCAUGGGCUCCAUACAAACCUAUAUAGUGUGAUACAUACCACAAUAUGUCCUAAAUGUAUCCUAAAAAAUGUCUUCAAGAAUCACAAUAUGAUUUUUUUUUUCUCCCAUAUUGCCCCACUCCUAUUAGUGACUCCAAUCUUUUCUAGCUGUAAGUGGUAGAAAGCAGUAACUUUAAGGCUCCUGAGCCACCAGAGGUUCAUAAACAGCUGUUUUCCCUUGUGAUUCUGUGACUCUGGACUCUAGAGCUCCUUUCACUCUCAUCAAAAUCCAGAACAAGUAACUUAAACCACAACACUCCGAAACCUGCACAUUUAUUCCAUUAGAAAACCUCUUAUGGUGCAUGCAUUCUGCUUUGGAUGUUCUACACUACACCUCUGUCCAGUGCUAAAAACCACUUUAUCAUUUUUCCCGUGUUUGAUUACAUUAUAAUAUACAGUAUAUUGCACUGCUUGUGCACAUGUAUCACUUAAUGCACUUGUUUUGCUGUUAUAAUGUUCCUCCUGUCUCCGAAAUCAAUUUUUUGACAGAAGUAGUACACUGCUUUUCAAAUCUUUGAGAACGUCUAGAUUUAUCGUAAUAUUUUUUUUAAAGAAAUGUGUGUUUUUCUGUUGUUAUAAUCAAUUAUUAUUAUAAAUCUGGUAUUUCUGUAUUUUAACUGUAAUUACAAAACAUCUAAACUGAUAAGAAACUGUUACAAAUAACACAGCAGCCAUUAUUGGCACCUUUCACAAAAAAUGAGAAAAAUCAUUGUAUAUAAAAUAAACAUUAAACACAUACCUAAUUCGAAUAAGAGAAAGUAUUUAUCUUUGUUCUACCAAAGAAUCAUUUUCACUAGAACUACUUAAAAAAAUUUUUUUUUUAAAUUGUAAUAUUUUCUCUCUAAAAAUAGGGCUAUAUGUUCCACAAUUAUUGACACCCCAAAGGAAUAUUUUAAAUAAAUGCAAACUUCUUUUUUUAUUUGCUCUUAGUCCCCACACUGUAAAACAUUUCAAGCUGGUUAAACUUAGAAAUGAAAGUUCACUUGCUGCCUUAAAAACAUGAGUAAACUCAACUUGCAGAUAAUCUUUGUUUCAACUCAAAAAGUUACGUGUUACAAGUUGUUUAAUUAAUGAUCAUUUGUUGUUUCAACUUGAUACAUUGAGUUAAAACAACUUACUAUAUAACAUGAUCAAUUCAAGAAAACUCACAUUAUCUGGUCAAAUAAACACAUAAUUCCUCACUGUAAAAUAACUCACGCUUUGAAGUUAAGAUAACUUCAACUACAGUCAGGUCCGGAAGUAUUUGGAAAAUGACAGUGUUUUUGUGAUUUUGCCUUUAUACACCACCACAAUGGACUUGAAAUAAAACAAUCAAGAUGU